UAUUUUUUAAAAAAAUAAGGUAUAUAAAUGAUGGACAUUGACAAAAUGUUUUUGGUUUCUUUUUAAUCACUCGAUCGUUCAUCCUUGUACAUGACAUGCCUGAGUUACUAUGACUGAAGCAUAUUCACUUAAUCAUAGAGACAGUUGAUUGGACACUAGAUAUGGAGUGAUUUUUGCUGUUGAUUUGCAAGCUUGAAUAAAAGCAAUAAAAAAACAAUAUGCCACAUCUGUCAAGAGAGCAGCGCCUUUGUGCAAUUGCCAUGUUUGGUGGCUGGACUAGAGCAGCGUACUGUGGCUCGCCGUCUUGGGUGCUCACAGCCAGCAAUUUCAAACAUGGCUAGAUAGUGUAACCAGACACACUGUCAAAGACAGGCCACAAAAUGGGAGAACAAGAGUCACAUUCCCAAGAUCGACAUCAUUUUGUAGCAUCUUUGUGAUGUUAAUCUGCACAAUAAAAAGUCACUGCACCUGCUCUAUCGUUUUUUGAUCACGUCUAGUGAAUAUUAUCCAAAUAUAAGUGAUAAGUUUCUUUUGAUGCUCAGUAAUGUAAAGAUAAGUGGCCACUAGGGGGCAAUGUAGGACGGACCCUUUUCCCAAUGGUGACAGGCUGCUAGAAUAAAUAGGUGAUAUGUUACACCCUGUAAUGGCCCAUCACCUGUUAAAGUUGUUAAAUAAAUAAAUAAGCAUAUAUUAUAAAUGCCACACUGAUCCAAAUGUUUAAUAUUGCAUUGAAAUUAUUUACUGAGUUUUUCCUGCUCUGUGUGCAGCUAGCUUACGUUUGUGGUUAAUGACAUCAUUUGACAGAUCUAGGUUCCUGAUUUUGGUACAACCUGCUUAACAGAAGAAAUCGGUCUCUGGCAGGGUUCUUUUCUGGUAUUGCUCUCUGUCAACCAGCAAUCAUUCAUUCAGUUUGAGUAAUCAACUGUAAAAGGCAGCUGUCAUAAUCUGCACAUACCACUGCAGCUUUGUGGUUUGUUUUGUGAAUCAGUUGAAAGUUUUUGAAAAUAAGAAAAAACUUGCUGUAAGAAGCCCUGUUGUGUCAAAGAGGAUGACAGAGUCCCAUUUCAAAGAUGCUUUCUGGAGUUGUGAUUUCACCAGCCAUGCUGGAUAUGAAGUUGUGCUGCAGAGACUGCAUGAAGGCCGGAGGAUGUGUAAAGAUAUGGAAGAGCUGCUGAAGAUGAGGGCGCUAGCUGAAGAGAAAUACGGCAAGGAGCUAGUGACGAUAGCGCGCAAAGCGGGCGGACAGACUGAGAUCAAUACUCUGAGGACAUCCUUUGACACUCUUAAAACACAAAUAGAGAAGGUUGGGCAUUUGCACAUCCAGCUGGCUGUUACAUUAAAGGAAGAAACAAAGAGAAUGGAGCAAUUCAGGGAGAGGCAGAAAGAACAGAGGAAAAAGUUUGAAGGAGUGAUGGAAAAAAUUCAGAAGGCUAAAGUCUCUUUACACAAGAAAACAUUAGAGUCCAAGAAGAGCUAUGAACAGAAGUGUAAAGAGGCUGAUGAAGCUGAGCAGGCCCAUGAGCGGAUAAACAGCACAAUGACAGCCACCCCAAAGCAAGUGGAGAAGGUGCAAAACAGGGCAAAGCAGUGCAGGGAGGCAGCGAAUGAGGCAGAAAAGCAAUAUAAAUCGAAUAUAGAACAGUUGGACAAUAUUCGACGAGACUGGGAACAGACCCAUAUGAGCACUUGCGAGGUGUUUGAGCAGCAGGAAAUUGACCGGAUUAACAUCCUGAGGAACUCAAUGUGGGUUCACUGUAACCACUUCUCACUGCAGUGUGUGAUGGACGACGAGCUAUAUGAGGAGGUGAGGAAAACUCUGGAACAGUGUGAUGUAACUGCUGAUAUCAACAGCUUUAUCCAGACAAAAGCCACUGGGACCAGUCCGCCAGCUCCAAUACUUUACAUCAGCUACUACGAGCGAGAGGGCGUUGCUGACAGCAAUGGAAGUUUGCGCCUGGGAGGGGGAAGAGUGAUGAAAAGGUUUUCAGGUCUACUACAGGGACAGUGCAGUGGCUCAGGGCAAAAUAUCAAUGAAGCAGGUUACCCUACAGCACCCCCUACAGAUGAAAAAGUAGAUGGAGUUUACGCUGCUAUACCUGUCUUUCGCGGUGGAGCGCAAGCAAACACUGAUUCUCUAACAAUGGGCUACAAGGUGUUGUAUGAUUACACUGCACAGAAUGAAGAUGAGCUGUCCAUAUUGGUGGGAGACAUUGUGGAAGUGAUCGAGCAAGGGGAGGACGGGUGGUGGUCAGUGACCAGGAAUGGAAAUCAAGGGUUCGUCCCUGGAUCCUAUCUGGAGAAGAUUUGUGGAAGCCACGUGGCAUGAGGAGCUUGCGCCCGCCUAAAGCCAUACGUAUAUCAAUAAUGUACUUGAGUUAUUUUGAACAUUGGUGCGCUGGCUGGCCAAAUAAAUGAGAAUACAUACGCAAUCAAAGUGUGAUGCGCCAUGUGAUCAACUGUAUUGAAUGUACAGUAAUAUAAGCUGUGUUAGAGUUGUGUGCAACUAUUCAUCAACAAUCAUUGAAUCACCGGAACACACAGUAGUAAUGACAAAGUAAUCCCCAAGAUGUGUGCAAUUUAUUGCAACAGAAGUGAUAGUGUCCCAAAACAAUAUAACCUUCAACACUGGACAACACAAGUCUGUUUCAAGCAAAGCACCGGGAACUACCCACAGCGAAGACCAUCUCUAAUAUUUUGUCCAGCCAGUGUAUGUACUAUCCAUUUUGAAAUUAGCCUAGACCUUGCUACGGUACCAUUCAUGUGAUCAUGCAGACUGAAAUCAGUACAUUGUUGAUUGUACAGUACUUUUUUGUUGUUGCUUUCCUUCAGACACCUGGCAGUACCAGUGCUAAAGAGUCAGUAUUGCAGCUUCUUAAAAGUGUUCCCUCAGCAGUAUACCCCAAGCUGAGCUCGCCUUUUGUUCCUACAAGGUCAUGUGACCACAUGGGUAAUUGGUGGAAUUCUCUCAUAGUCUGCUGUGCCCAAGACCACUUGCAAAUGUGCACCUACUGUCAAAUCCAGCCCUUCUUAAAGGUGUAGUCUCUUAAAAUUAAUUUCUCUUCCCUUUGUUAGCUCCAAGCCUUUUUUUUCCGCUGCAUUGUGCUUCUCCUGCAUAAUGCAUUUUCUUCCUUUUGAAAUGUUAAAGGUGUAAUGCUGUAAAGCAGCUCUCUAUCCUCGAUACUGUGCCACGCCUCUUUGAGACUCCCUAAGGAAAGUGAAUAUUAAAACCUUUGUUACAAACCCUUUGAGCAAUACGAUUAGAACGUGACAAUUUCAGCUUUAUUAAUAAAUACAAAAAAAUCAAAUAAUUUAAUGUCUUAGAUUUUAUUUAAGUAUGGCUGGUUUUUGGACCGUGAGAGAACUGUCAACUCACUCCUCCCCGUUGGUCAUUUAGAGAGGUCAGCUGUUUUAGUUAAAGGUUGGUUUCAAGGACAUAAAUAAUUUUUGGCUGGGUGGCUAUGUUCUGUUCAGUGUGGGUAAUGCACAGACAUAACAGUGUGGUAAAACUUGGCAGUGAGUACCUUCCUUUCCUGAUCAGGUUAUUUAUUUUAAAUACUAAAUGGCUCAGUCUCUGGUGCCAUCAAGUCUUACUUUUUACCACACAGCAGGACUGUAAAAAAAUAAAAAAAUAAAACCUACUUAUCAAUCUAUGUAAUACUCAGUACAUACCCUGGGACAGCUUUGUAAAUUGAGAUUGUGAAAUAACUGAAUACAGCCUUUCACUCUGGUUUACCACUAAAUGAAUGCCCCGUCUGUCUGUCGUAUAAAACCUUUUAUUUUUAGGACUUUUGGCUUGCAUGGCAUGCUGAUGGAGUGUGGAAAUUAAUUUUCUUAGUUUACAUAGCUUUGCUCAAUACAAGUUAUAAUCUGGUGGGUUUUUAAGAACAAUUGCCAAGGUUGCCUUGCUGUUAUCUAGCCUAUACACACAAAAUGGCAAUUAUGUGAUAUAAGCUAUAAAAUGAAAAUCCUGCAAAUGUGAGCUUAAUAGUGCCACAAAUUAAGAUUCAGAAAAACUGUACAUAUGAAGACACAUACCAAUUCUUUCCUUCUCUGGGGACCGUCAAUGCCAGCACUUGGAUCAUUUUACUACACUGACAGAGACUAAACUUUCCUUAUGACUCUGAUCUUUGGUUAUCCAGUUACCCUACAACACAAAAAAAUGUCUGUACAGUGUUUGAAGAAUAUUCUAUUAAGAACACAGAUGUUGAAAAAUGAGUGGCAAUACAAAUCAACUCUGCUCUCACUCUGAUCUGGGUCUGAAAAAAGCAAUACGUUUUUUUCUGCUGGAAAGUCAUGAAGCUCUGUUGCACAUUAAACAUAUGGCAGUAUCAUUAGCAGUUUGCUUCGCUGAAUGAGGAUUUACUUAACAGACGAUUAGAUUAAUGUGUAUCCACGUUGUAAACCGCUAAACAAGGCUAUGACAGUAUUUGACUUAAUUUUAUUUAUUUACUUCCUUUUAAAGGUCAACCAAGAAAAGUAAAACAUCCCUACAACUAAAUAACACACCAAGUUAAAGUGGGUUGGCAAUUUAGAUAACUGAUAGAUUUUCAAUACUGCUAUUAUCAUGUAACACUAUGUCAUCUUAAAAAAUGUAUUAAUGGGCAUAUAUUUCUAUACCUAUCGUAAUAUAUUAGUUCACUGUUUUUUCUUUUCUAGACCCGUGCACAGGCCAGCAGUGUUGAAAUGUCUGCAAUUAAAGCAGACGCAGCAUCAAUUCAAAGUACAAACACUGUUGUACUUGUCUUGUCCAGCUAGCAGUUAAAAAGUCACCCAGUUUUUUUGUUGCCUCCUCCCCCAUUGCAAGUUCCAACGCUACAAUCAAGUCAGCCCUCCAUCGCAUUCAAACAUUCCUGGGAAACCGGUGCACUUUAACCCCUUCAUGAUAAGGAUGGUAUGCUAGUGUGGGGAUCUUGACUCCAACAAGAAAGGAACUAGACAAUACAUCAUUGUGUGUCAGCAAGCUCUGUCUGGUGAGACACACAGUGUAACCCUAAUUGCAUAGACAUGCCUAUCUAUAGUCUUGAUCAGCUGCACAGAACUAAGCGGUAUUGUCAUGUGUGCCCAUUUACUCCAGCCCUCCGACUCCUGUGACUAUAGUCUGACUUGGCUGGAAUACUACAUAAGCUACUAAACAAAAAACUCACCUCACAGACCUGAAUCUGUGAACACCUCCAUUUCUAUCCACACAUGCUUUG